AAAAAAAAAUCAACAGACAAUGGCCAAAUGUAAAUGAAUGGGAUAGGAGAUAGAGACAGACAUGGGGAUGUGACAAUCACGAUAUUCUCCAUUAUGCAAUAGAAUGGUGGUUUCAGAAUAUCAUCAGGACCAAUUACACAUUAGCAAUGGUCGUCGGAAGUCCGAGUAUGGACCGCAGAAUCUCAUCAAUUCUGGGAAGCAAGAUGGCGAAGAAGAAGAGGAUGGUCGUAGUUGGUUUGAAAUCCCAUAACCGCAGUAGAGAAAUGCUUCUGCGUCUACUCACCAUGGUUGUUGACUCUGGGGAUACCGUGCUAGCUGUUCAUGUGCAGGAACCAAAUGACAACUUCGACCCAAAUACCUUUCACAUCCAUGAAGAUCUCUGCAAAUCAAAACAGGUGGAUUUUCAAGUCAAGAUCUCUGCUGGAGGAGACUCAUUCAUAACCAUUUUAACACAUCAAGUAAGAGUCCACUUUGCAACGACACUCGUCCUUGGAUGCAGCAGCCCACGGCCCAAUGACUCCAUUGUUUCUUCUUGCUUGAAAAGAUUGCCUCCCACUUGUUCCCUUCUGAUCAUGGACAACGGAGGGAGAGUUCUCAUUCAGCAACCUGGGACAUCACAACAAGGAUCGACGAUUCAAUUCCAUCAACCUUCUGUGGUGCCAUCUUUGCCAACACAUACUUCUGCUGCUGCUAACCAAUCAGAAACCAUUCAUCAAUCUAUAAAGCCAUCUGCCCCAUCUUCCUCAACAACGUCAUCACCGGUACAAGCAAACACAGGUGUUGGCAAUGUCUCAAACGUAAUGCACUUCUCCGAGAAUAUGGAACAGAUCCAUCUCAAGAGAUUGGAACAGCUAGACGUGAAGGGAACCACCAAGCGGUUCACUCCACAAGAGUUAAGCUGUGCAACCAAUAAAUUCGUCCCUCAGAUGUUGAUUGGUGAGGGAGGCCAUGGUAAGGUUUACAGAGCCAACCUUGAAGAUGGUCGGACUGCAGCUGUGAAAGUCCUCAAGACGACCGAGAGAUCAGGUGAGGAGCUUAUAAAGGAAGUGGAGAUGCUGAGUAGGUUGAACCACGAGAAUAUAGUUGGGUUCUUUGGGUACUGCUAUAGCAAGGAUAUGAAAGCAAUGGUGUAUGAUCUUCUUCAGGAGAGCUUAAAGCACAAACUGAGACAGCUCGGAUGGAGUGAGAGGAUGAAAGUUGCAGUUGGAUUGGCAAAAGCACUUGACUACCUUCACCAUUCUUGUUCCCCUCCCAUCAUCCACAGAGAUGUGAAAUCGUCAAACGUCCUCCUCACCCAACACUGCCAGCCCCAGCUAUCAGAUUUUGGAGCAGCGGUGGUAUAUCACCAAUCUCUGAAACCUUCAGCAAACAUGAAACCAUUCCAUGUGGUUGGGACCUUCGGAUACCUGGCCCCAGAAUACAUGAUGUACGGCAAGGUCGAUGAGAAGAUAGAUGUUUACUCAUACGGUGUCGUGCUCUUGGAACUCAUCUCUGGAAAAGAGGCCAUCCAGACAAGUCAAGCGACUACUCAUGAAAGCUUAGUACUCUGGGCAAGGUCGCUGCUCAGCCGUGGGCUUUGUGAGCGACUAAUAGAUCCCCAGCUGAAUGGAGAUUAUGAGAAGCAGGAAAUGGAGAGGAUGAUGACUGCAGCCCGACUCUGCCUUAUGCAUUCGUCUUCUAGGAGACCAACCAUGAAAAUGAUUCUGAAGUUGUUAGAGGAGCCAGAAUAUUGGGUGAAGAUGCAAAGGGAGCGAGAAGAGUUCAUUAACAGAAACAGCUUCAAAAGGGAAUCAAGGUUGCGGGGACAUUAUGAGUUCACCAUUAAUGAAAUCCCGCUUAUUGAGGAUAUAUGAUUUUAUCUUUCCUCUCAUAUUACCAGUCAUCAAUUAUAUACAAGGGAAUAGUAUACUACUAGCAGGCAAUCGGAAAUCCAUAAGGUGUGUUGCACCACUGCAACGCACUAAAAGAUGCUAUGGGAACCAUGGAAUUAAUGGGUUCCACUCUGUCCCUUAGCACGUUGCAGAGGUGCAAAACUCCUGCUAUAGAUAUGAUAAAGAUACAAGCAAAACACUGAGUUAAACUCAGAACAGGGAACCAAUAUUUGUCCUACUAGUAAUGUAAAAUUUAGUUUUGUGUGUUCUUGACUGUAAUUUUAAGCAUAUUUAAUACAAUAAAAUAUCCCAGUGAUCAUAAAUCAAGAAUUUUCUUUAAUAAAAUAGC